UUUGAGAAGACACAGCAAUUUUGGUUGGAAUGAAAUCGACGAGAAUGCACUGCUUGUCUGCAUAUUGAAAGUCAUAUUAGGAGCAUUGUCAUACAUGAAAAGUGUCUGCUCACGACCACGUUGUACUUGUUGUGGUACUAGUGAGACUCCUCUGUGGCGUUCUGGUCCUCAAGGUGCAAAGAGUUUAUGCAACGCUUGCGGCGUUCGCUUUAAAAAGGGAAAGCUUCGAUACAAUCCCGAGUCCAACUGCUUUAUUUUGCUUGAUCAAAGUGUUGAAGAAGCUUGGAAAAGUUCUUUUUCUCCUUGUAUUUCUGAUUCAUGUUGUUCCGCUUUUCCUAAAAUAGAAGACAAUAGGAAGAGUGAGUCACACAGUAACUUGAAAAAGUCUGCAGAAGUAAACUCUAUUCGUAAAAGAAACAAGUCGUUGAAAUUGGACAGGUCGUUGCAGAGGACCAAAUCUUGUCAUCAACUGGAAACCAACUAUGCUCAACAGAAUCCUGUAGUCGACAGUGCAUCCCAAAAGGUGGACAAAUGUUACUUUUCUGAAAAAGUCUACGAAUGCAUAGAAGCUAACGGAAGGGUUGGAAUGACAUCAACAAAUUUAAAAGAGGAGCCUAGUGAAUUGGAGCCCGAUAAUACACAUAUAGAAAGGUCUAAUAUGAUAUAUUUAUCAAAGGAAAAGGCCUUUUCAGCUCCUUCUAGUCCUGUAUCAAACUUUCAUUUAUCCUCAUUUGGAAGAGUCAAAAUGAAUGAUUCGCAAAGGACUAAUGAACGAUGUAUUUCCAUUAUGAGUCCAAAGCCGAGAAGUUUUGGUGGCAGUGUUUCUCCUUCCGUGUUUCAAUAUGUGAAGCUGUUAGAUUGUCUUACCUUGGGUACACAGAGCAGAAAAAGAUCUCUAGAGAAUUAUGAGACUCCUUCUAUUUUCGACCGUUGCAUAUCUUAUUCCGCUCCAUUUGUUUCUCCAAAGAGUCCAGGCACACCCGAAACUUGUGUUCGAGAAUUGGAUGCAUUGAACAUUCGAUAUGAUUCAAAAAGCGAUGAGUCUUUAGAAUUAAGCGUGCAUGAAGAUCCGUUGAUAGACAAAGAGACCAAAGAACAAAACUAUAGUGAAGAAGAUUUCAUUGCAGAGUUGAAUGCCGCCAUUUUGAAGUGUAAUGGAAUGUAUCAUACUGACUUGGAAGUUUGCAACAGUUUGGAACAAAAUAAUUAUGUUCAUGAGAGAACUUUUCCUUCUCAUGUUGAACUCGAGCGAAAGAUGCAAAAUGAUUUCCAUAAGGCUCAUUUAGAUCUCAACCAAGACUCUUGUAUUGAGUUUCUAAAUCAACUGCAUAACAAUGCUGACUAUAGAUUGAACUUGCAAGAAUUAUAUUCUUGGAUGAAACGAGAAUUUUCUUCCAUUGAACAACCACAAGGCUUAUUUUCAAUAUAUUGUCAGAAUGCAAUAAGAGAUAGUUUCAAUAACGAAUCGCAUGUUUCAUACAAACCUUAUUUGGAUACCUGUACGAAACUUAUUGAAAGGGAAAAAGGAAGCAUCUUCGGAUUCAGUGACAUUUCGACAACAGAAAUUUUAAUAAGAGAUAUUGGCCUAUUACAAGAAUCAUCUUUCAUGUCGGAAAGCAACAAAUUGAAUGUGGCCAUCAAGUCCUCUCGUGCGGACGAAAACGCAAAGACCAAUAAUUCAAAUAACAAAAUUGUGAAAUCUGUGAAACCAACUCCUGCUUAGUAUUCUGAUAUAUAGAGAAGAAGAAGACGAAAAAUCUAUUUUGUGUUU